CGCCCGGGUCGGGGCAAGGCUUGGACAGCCUCGCUCGCCGGCCACGCUCUCCGCGGCCUCUGACCCCAGCCUCCCCUGCCUUCGCCAACUUGAGCGAGUUUGGAGGGAGUCAAACAGCCCAGGGCUCGCUCUUCCUCCCUCCCUCCCGGCGGUCUGGGCCACCCGGGCCACGGGCGCGGGAGCCUCUCCCCGGUGCGGCCCUGCGCACGGGACUGGCUUGGGCCCUGGAGUCGCUCGUCCAGCCCAACAGCCCGGGCAGCUUCUCCCAACCCUCGGGGCUGUUCGGAGCUGCCUGAAGACGCGUCGUGGGCGGCCCCCGGCCCCGCCGGCCUUAUAAGUGAACUUUCAGCCCGUGCGGGCCCGGAAGGCCCGAGCGGCCUAAGCCAGCAGCUCCGGGACCCGGCCCACCCGGCGGCCCCCAGGAGGCCGUGAGCACCGUUCGGAGCGCGCCCCUUGGAUGAGGUCCCGCAGCGACGCCCCGGCCCGCCCUGCUCCUCCUCCUCCAGGCCAAGCAGCCUCCCAUUUGGGAACUUUUGUGGGUUCUCUUUCUCUUGCUCCAACCUUGGCGGAGGCCACAGCCCAAGAGCCACUGCUGGGGGGGCUUUCUAGCUUAGAGGCCGAGAACCAUGGUGCGGGGCAGCCACUGAUAAAAGUCUGCGGAACCGGGUUUGAGCCUGGCCUGAAGCAGGCGACGCUGGAAACCAAGGCCAUGGCUAUUGCCACGUCGGCCCAGUUGGCUCGUGCACUGUAUGACAACACUGCUGAGUCCCCUCAGGAGCUGUCCUUCCGCCGAGGGGAUGUUCUACGGGUACUGCAGAGGGAGGGUGCUGGUGGACUUGAUGGCUGGUGCCUCUGCUCCCUGCAUGGCCAGCAGGGUAUUGUACCCGCCAACAGAGUGAAGCUCCUUCCUGCUGGCCCAGCACACAAGCCUAGCCACUCCCUGGCAUCUCCUGCCCAGCCUGGCUUGCCCCGUCCCACUCCAGAAGAUAGCACUGAGGAGCAGGAGGUAUAUGUGGUACCACCCCCAGCUCGGCCUUGUCCUGCCCCAGGACCUGUAGCUGGACCCUGCCCACCUCCUGCUGACCUCAUCUACAAGGUUCCCAGAGGCAAUGGAACUCAGCUGGCUGACCCCAGAGAUGCCUUAGAGGUCUAUGAUGUGCCCCCUGCCACCCUCCGGGCUCCCUCCAGUGGUCCCUAUGACUCACCAACUGCCUUUUCCCACCUUCUGCCCCCAAGUGCCUCACAGGCUCCUGGAGAAGACCAAACUCCGUAUGAUGUGCCUCUGGCCCUGAAGCCUUCUGCAGAAUUGGCACCAGAGCUGGAGUGGGAAGAGGGUCGGGAACCAAGUUCCCCCCUCUAUGCUACCCCUUCAAACCUGAAACGGGCCUCAGCUCUCCUUAACUUGUACGAAGCACCUGAGGAACUGUUAGCAAACGGAGAAAGUGGGGACACUGAUGAGGGCAUCUAUGAUGUACCCCUGCUGGGACCAGAGUCACCUCCUUCUCCAGGAGCCUCAGCCUCCAGUGACUUGGACACCCUGGCCCAGUUUCUGGCAAAGAGUCCCCCACCCCCACACAGACCCCGGCUGCCCUCUGCUGAGAGCCUGUCUCGCCGCCCUCUGCCUGCGCUGCCUGCUCCCAGCCCUUCUCCAGGCCCCUCCCCAGCCCCAGGCCGCAAGGGCAGUAUUCAGGACCGACCUCUGCCCCCUCCUCCACCCCACCUACCUGGCUACAGGGGCCUCAAGAUGGAGGGGGACCCAGAUAGUAGAGAGGUGGAAGAUGGCCAAACAGACCUCCACAAUGAGUACGAAGGCAUCAUAACAGCUGAGGAAUACGACUAUGUGCAUCUGAAGGGCAUGGAUAAGGCUCAGGGUUCUAGGCCCCUGGAUAAAGCCUUCCCAGGGGAUCCUGAACUGCUGGAGAGGCAGCCACCAGAACAGCAGGAAGCCCCAUCCCCAGAGGAGCCACUGGCUCUGCCCACUGGAGACCUACAGCUCCUGCGUCUCUACACAGGGCAGUGCCAGAGCCACUACUCAGCACUGCAGGCUGCUGCGGCAGCCCUGAUGUCCAGCACCCAGGCAAACCAGCCCCCCUGCCUUUUUGUACCCCAUGGCAAGCGAGUGGUGGUGGCUGCUCAUCGCCUGGUCUUUGUUGGGGACACCCUGGGCCGGCUGGCAGCCUCUGCCCCUCUGCGAGCACAGGUGGGGGCCGCAGGUACAGCAGUGGGUCAAGCCUUGCAGGCUACUGUACUGGCUAUUAAGGGGGCUGCCCUAGGCUACCCUUCUCGUGCUCUGGCCCAAGAGAUGGCACAGUGUGUGGCAGAACUUGCAGGGCAGAGCCUGCGCUUCACCACCCUGCUUGCUGGCCUUCUCCCCUGAAGGGUCUGUUGGUACAGCCUUUCCCUUCUCCCCGCUUCAGGACUUGGGUAGCUGGAGAGCUCUGCUGAGGGGAAAGCACGGGAAUCACCCCUUUAUUGCCUGAUCUGAUCAUCAUGGGCACUCACAGAGGCAUCUGUUCCCCCAAACCCCCUGUUUUUUGUACAAGCUAUUUUGUAUAAAUUAUUUAUAUUUAAUAUUCCUUGCCUUGUCAAGGGCAGGCACCAGGCCCUCUAGGGUAAGAAGAAACUGAACCCUCCUCUCCAGUCUGAAGUGACAUUGCCUCCCUGCCUCCUGCCUCUAGAAGUUUAGCACACAGAGAAUCAAGUGGUAGAAACUUGGGUCCACACAGAGCCUCUCCUGUUUCUUGGCUCCAGAACACCAGCACAUGGCUGAGUGAGGGCAGGACAUUGCCCAGAAUGCAAUGGUCUGGGAGACACUAGAGGGAUCCUUCCCCUGGAAGGCAGAAACCUGGCCUUGGGAAUGACAUGCACCUCAAUAAACUCUGCCAUCUGG